AGCAGCAAUCAGUUCAAAGAACUGACCACAAACCAUUCUUUCGCCCACAACUAACUUAAUACUCGUUACUCCGGGCCUGGAUUCAGCAGGUAAUUCCCACAAUGUCCACACGGGGGACGGUCAACACGAAGCGCAUCCUUAAAGAAGCCUCCGAGUUUGCCGCAAAUGCUUCUCCAGACUACCAUGCGGAACCGCUAGAGGAUAAUCUCUUCGAAUGGCACUUCACCAUAAAAGGCCCGCCGGCUCCGUCACCUUAUGACGGAGGCAUAUACCACGGCCGAAUAAUCCUCCCUGCACAGUACCCUCUGCGCCCGCCGUCAUUCCGCUUCCUCACUCCAACCGGUCGCUUUGAAGUCAAUCGAGAGAUCUGCUUGUCCAUAUCUGAUCAUCAUGAGGAGACGUGGCAACCGGCAUGGGGAAUCCGUACAGCCCUGGUUGCGUUACGGAGUUUUAUGGACACCGAUGCAAAGGGCCAGCUGGGCGGUAUAGAAUGCACUCAGCAAGCAAGGAAGAAGAUGGCGGUAGAGAGCCGGCUGUACAAAUGUGCUGUUUGUGCGAAGUCGAACGCCGAGAUCAUCAAAGAGAGGGAGGAAGCUGCGGCGCUUCAGGAGGCUAAGGAGGGCAAGAGGAAAGAAGAGGAGAUACCUGAGGAGUUGAGGCUUGCCUAUCGGGAUGAGCUAAACAAGGAGAGUGAAGCCGACGGCCAGCAGCAAAAAGAGCCCAAGGGCAAAGAGAAAGCUCAUGACCCGUCGGAGGCGCUCACGGCGUCUACUCCAGCAACAGGCCCAGCAGUGACCCCAGCGGCAAAGCCGGCUGCUGUUCCGAUAGCGGAACCCGUGCCCAGGCCUACUGCCACGGUACAAGCUCCAGUGCCGCAGCAAGCAGUUCGAGUGACUUCUGAACCUUCCUUGGCUUGGGUGGAUGCAUGUAUUUAUGCUGUUGUGGCUGCUUUGAUAUUCAUGGUGUUACGGAAGGUCUCAUAGUCGACUCAUUGACUCGUUGGCAAAACUAUCAUGAGUUCUCUGCAUGCCGGCAUAGGAGUUGUGGUGUUCAGAUAUCACACAAGAGUAGGGCAGUUUUUUUCAUUCAUCGUACUUCUUUCCUUCGGUCUGUCAAUACUCCCGGUCAGCUGGCAUAUAGUGUUAUAUAC